AUGACGAGAAUCAACGAACGUCGCUUUUUAGACUUGGUUUAUGGUAGGUCAGGACAGCCUGUCAACCUUAAACAGCAUUUAGAGGAGAUCGCGGAACCGGUGCAACUCGACAACUUCUGGAGCCAGACAGAUGAGUUCAUGGUUCGACCCCCGACUCCGCCUUUCGUGCCUGCCAAAACCGGACUCGAUGUGGCAACGCAAGUGGAGCUGUGUGAGCUCUUCGACUUCGAAAUUGAGGUGAAACCAGUUCUUGAAGUGCUGACCGGGAAGACGAUGGAACAGGCGUUGGUUGAGGUGGCGGAGGAGGAGGAACUGCAGGAACUUCGCAAGCAACAGUUCGUGCAAUUGGAAAUUCACAACGCCCACCUCGCCGAGAUCGAACGCCUGGAGGAACGCAACCGUCGCUACAGGGAAGAACAGACACGGCGGAAGGCCCAGGCGACGCUGGCUGCGUCGAUGCGACGGCUGGCUGCCGACAAGGUUGCGGCCCGCAAUUUCACAAAAGCCUACCUGGAACCAUUGCUUCCAAAUGUCUUUGAACAGCUCACCGAACGCGGCUACUUCUAUGACAGCGUUGAAUCAGAAAUCGAACAGAACUUCUUGAAACCGAUUCUAGACUCCUUAUUUGAGAGGAACCGACUCGAGAGAAGUGCCCGCCUUUUAGUCGAUGGUGUUAUACACGAGGCAUCAAGUUCAAUUGCCGAUUUCUCAAAUGGCAAUCUCCAAAAUCGUGCACCAAACUCAGGCUGCUCUCUUUUUGUAACCACAUUGCAGGCAGUCUCUCAGCGACACACGGAGUACAGGGAACUGGGUCGCCACCUGAUGACCGAGGCGCUGGUCAACCUCUGCUUCCCCAAGCUCGCCUACAGCGUGGUCAGCUGGAUCAUCGAGGAAAUGGUCACGCUGGCCGUGAACAACCUGCAGCUGGCUGCCAACGCCCGACGGGAAAUACUCCAGUCCACUGCUCUCGAAAUUUACAACGAAGUAAUCGACGAGGCCAUCGAGGACCUGGUGUCGUCGUCUUCAUUAAGCUAA